UCUGUUCUCUUCAAUCCCCAAACAGAGACAAUCAAAACAAUUCCAUAGCCAUAAAUCCUUCACUGUAGUUAUGAGCUGUGAAGCCGGAAUUGGAGUAAUGGGUACAAAGCUCGGAAUGAUGACCUACUUCGAGCCUGAGGGAACUGCUGUUCCAGUGACAGUAAUCGGUUUCAGAGAAGGAAACAUCGUGACUCAAUUGAAAACGGAGUCCACUGAUGGCUACAAUGCAGUUCAAGUAGGGUAUCGACGCGUCAGAGACAAGAAGCUCACGAAACCUGAAAUGGGUCACCUCAACAAGGCGGGAGCCAUUCCCAUGAGGCAUCUGCAGGAGUUUCGUCUUGUCUGUGUUGAGGACUUGGAGCCCAAUCAGAGACUCAUCGUUGAUGAAAUUUUCAAUGAAGGUGAUCUUGUUGAUAUCUCCGGAAAAUCCAUCGGCAAGGGCUUCCAAGGUGGGAUCAAAAGGCAUAAUUUCCGGCGAGGUCCGAUGACUCACGGUUCAAAGAGUCACAGAGCAUUGGGUUCCAUUGGAGCUGGAACAACGCCUGGACAUGUUUAUAAAGGGAAGAAGAUGCCUGGAAGGAUGGGAGGAACGAAGACGAAGAUCAGGAAGCUGAAGGUUAUGAAGAUUGAUAAUGAACUCAGGAUUGUGAUGGUUAAAGGUGCGGUUCCUGGGAAGCCUGGGAAUCUUCUGCGGAUUACGCCGGCGAAGAUUGUGGGGAAGAACAUACCCAAGAAUUAGCAACUCCGAUGUGUAUCGUGUUGUGUUCUGUUUUU